AGAGAGAGAGAGAGAGAGAGAGAGAGAGAGAGAGAGAGAGAGAGAGAGAGAGACAGACAGACAGACAGAGAGAGAGAGAGCGCGAGAGAGACAGAGAGCGAAAGAGGGAGAGAGAGAGAGAGUGAUUGAAUGGGACAGAUUGGGAGGUGUGAGAACAAGCGAGUGAGUGAGGCAGAGAGAGAGAGAGAGAGAGAGAGAGAGAGAGAGAGAGAGAGAGAGAGAGAGAGAGAGAGAGAGAGAGAGAGGGACAGAGACAGAGAGGAGCAGAGGACAACAACAUAGCAACAGUGGAGGGAGAGCAGACUUAUCAGCAUAGAAAAACACCAAUAAAGACACUAUUCAACGCUACACUGGAUUGGAUCCACACUGGACAACCUAUGUGUGUGUGUGUGUGUGUGUGUGUGUGUGUGUGAGUCAGCCUGGUUGUGACAUUGUGUGAGAGUGUCUGUGUGUGUGAAUGUGUGAGAAACAGAGAGCGGUUGUGUGUGUGAGAGAGGUAAUCCGAAAGAACAUGCGUGUGAGAGACAACCUGUGACUUGUGUGUGAGUAAGGGGUUUGGUGUGUGUGUGUGUGUGUGUGUGUGUGUGUGUGUGUGUGUGUUAUAGACUGUACCCGACUACGAGUCGUACAAUGCAAUGCAGCAUUACUUCUGAAGAGAGGAGACACUGAAGAACGAACACUGCGGGGACACGCUGCUCUUGUGUCAGACACACCACUGUAGUGGACAGCGUCAGAGCCCACGGCUGGAGAGGACAGGACAGGACCUCUUGCCUGGAUAAUACCAUAGGGAUUGUACCAUUUUGGGAAGAUCACAGAGGCGGCAUAGACUAUACAGGUAGAUUGUACACCACUGGGACGACGGGGUGAUUGUGUGUUUUCAGGAUGAAUCUGGACCCGGUUCAGGUGAUGAAGGGGCAGUCUAACCCAAAGGACCCCACGGCUGCCCCUGUAACUGCCUCGUCAAAUGGAGAUGGCAAAGGAGCCUGGGAAGAGAAAGAGGAGUUUGACCAAGGCCACCUGGGUCUCACCACAAAACCCCUACUGGUGUCAUGUCAGAGAAGAGCCCGGAAGGUGGAGGGAGGCAUUUUCUUUCCCAAGCCUGAGAAUGCCGUGACCAUUGCGGUGUCGUCCCGGGUCCUGUUCCGUACUGAGACAGAGCAGAAGGUGUAUGAGCAGAAGGGGGUAGAGGAGUACCUAAGGUAUCAGGAGGAGCACGAGAACGAACCCUUCGCCCCAGGACCAGCCUUCUCCUUCGUCAAGGCGUUGGAGGCGGUGAAUGCCCGUCUGAGAGAACUGUACCCAGAGAGUGAAGAACUGUUUGACAUCGUCCUGGUAACCUAUAACCACGCCCAUGUAGGAGUCAGACUCAUCAAUACCAUCAACCAUCACAAUCUAUUCAUUGAGAGGUUCUGUAUGACGGGAGGAAGUUCACCUAUUGGCUACCUAAAGGCGUGGCAGACCAACCUGUACCUGUCUGCCGAUGCGGAGAAGGUCAGGGAGGCGCUGUCUGAAGGCAUUGCUGCGGCCACCAUGUUCAUGUCCAAUAAACUGACAGAGGUAUCGCAGACGCAGCUGAGAGUGGCCUUCGACGGGGACGCUGUCCUCUUCUCUGACGAAUCAGAACGCAUUUUCAAGGCCCAGGGCCUCGACGGGUUCUUCCAGCACGAGAGAGACAACGAGGACAUUCUAUUGGACCGUGGCCCUCUUAAGGACUUCCUAGCGUCCCUUGGUAAACUCCAGAAGAAGUUCUAUGCUAAGGGUCACCGUCUGGACUGUCCCAUCCGUACCUACCUGGUGACGGCCCGCAGCGCAGCCAGCUCAGGGAUCCGUGCCCUGAAGACCUUGAGAGCCUGGGGCCUGGAGACGGACGAGGCUCUGUUCCUGGCCGGGGCACCCAAGGGCCCGAUGCUGGAGAAGAUUAGGCCCCACAUAUACUUCGAUGACCAGAUGUUCCAUGUGGAAGGGGCAGCGGAGAUGGGCACGGUCGCGGCUCACGUACCCUACGGGAUCGCUCAGAAGCAUCCACAUAAGAAGAGCCUGAACACAGGGAAGUAGAUAGCGGAAGGAGAGAAUACGAGAAAGAUUGAAGAAACUAAGAGGAGAGAGACCUGAGAUUAAAUACUUUUAGAGAGGGAGAUAUAGAGUCUGAUCUUCCCCGGGUCAUUGUCACAAACAAGAAAGGGGUUAUUUUCAGUCAGUGAGCUUCGUAAAAACUAAGGUAGUUCAAUUAAAAAUGAAGACAAUGAAGAAAGUCUGUAAAGUUUUGGUAUUGAAAUACUCCUAAUAGACGAUAAUUUAAUUGUGUUGAUUACAGUAUGUGCUUUUCACCAGAUUUCAGAAGUGUUUGUGUUGUACAUAAGUGGGAUUGUUUCACCUCCUCAGUAUCCUGUGUGUGCAGCCGUUAUAAUCAUCCUUAGGAAUGUGUUAUCAUAAACACUUUGGUUGGCCACGGGAGAGUUCUACAUACCUGAUAUAGAACCAGAGGAGAGUUACAUACCUGAUAUAGAACCAGAGGAGAGUUCUACAUACCUGAUAUAGAACCAGAGGAGAGUUCUACAUACCUGAUAUAGAACCAGAGGAGAGUUCUACAUACCUGAUAUAGAACCAGAGGAGAGUUCUACAUACCUGAUACAGGAACAGAGAGUUCUACAUACCUGAUAUAGAACCAGAGGAGAGUUACAUACCUGAUAUAGAACCAGAGGAGAGUUACAUACCUGAUAUAGAACCAGAGGAGAGUUCUACAUACCUGAUAUAGAACCAGAGGAGAGUUCUACAUACCUGAUAUAGAACCAGAGGAGAGUUACAUACCUGAUAUAGAACCAGAGGAGAGUUCUACAUACCUGAUAUAGAACCAGAGGAGAGUUCUACAUACCUGAUAUAGAACCAGAGGAGAGAUCUACAUACCUGAUACAGGAACAGAGAGUUAUACAUACCUAAUACAGGAACAGAGAGUUCUACAUACCUGAUAUAGAACCAGAGGAGAGUUACAUACCUGACAUAGAACCAGAGGAGAGUUCUACAUACCUGAUAUAUAACCAGAAGAGAGUUACAUACCUGAUAUAGAACCAGAGGAGAGUUCUACAUACCUGAUACAGGAACAGAGAGUUCUACAUACCUGAUAUAGAACCAGAGGAGAGUUACAUACCUGAUAUAGAACCAGAGGAGAGUUACAUACCUGAUAUAGAACCAGAGGAGAGUUCUACAUACCUGACAUAGAACCAGAGGAGAGUUACAUACCUGCUAUAGAACCAGAUGAGAGUUACAUACCUG